GGCCGGGGGCGGAGCGGGGCGGGCUCAGGUGUGCCCGGCCCUGCCCUCGGCCCGGGAUGCGCUGAGCGGCCGGAGAACGACGGCAAUGGAGCCGCUGGAGACCAACAGCAGCUGCAGCAACGGGUCUCUGAUCACCCUUUCGUGCCUUUCCCACCGGGUCGUGUGCCAGGUGAUCAGCAGUGCUGUCCCAGCUGACUCCAUCCAGGAGAAUGGGACUUCAGACAGCUCCUGGAUAACUCGGCUGGAAAACAGUUAUGGAUUCUACAUUGGCCUGGGCCUGGCUGUCUUCUCCAGCUUCCUCAUCGGGAGCAGCGUCAUCCUCAAGAAAAAGGGACUGCUAAGGCUGGUGGAGAAGGGAGGCACCAGGGCAGGAGAUGGAGGCCAUGGCUACCUAAAGGACUGGCUCUGGUGGGCUGGCUUGUUAACCAUGGGUGGAGGGGAAGCUGCCAACUUUGCUGCCUAUGCCUUUGCUCCUGCAACUAUUGUCACGCCUCUGGGGGCUCUGAGCGUGCUCAUAAGUGCCAUUCUGUCCUCGUAUUUGCUUGGAGAACGGCUCAACCUGCUGGGAAAGCUGGGCUGCCUGCUGAGCCUGGUGGGCAGCACUGUGAUGGUCAUACACGCCCCAGAGGACGAGGAGGUCACCACUCUGGAGGAAAUGACCUCCAAGCUGAAGGAGCCGGGUUUCCUGGCUUAUGCUGCAAUCCUCCUGGCUCUCUGCUUCCUUCUGAUCUUCUGCCUCGCCCCCCGUUAUGGCCAGAGCAACAUCCUCAUCUACCUCGCCAUCUGCUCCGUCAUCGGCGCCUUCUCCGUGUCCUCCGUCAAGGGCUUGGGAAUUGCCAUCAAGGGCUUCUUUGGUGGCCAGCCUGUGCUGCAGAACCCACUGACCUGGAUCCUGGUCAUCACGCUGGUGGCAUCCAUCACCACGCAGAUCAACUACCUCAACAAGUCUCUGGACAUUUUCAACACCUCUCUGGUGUUCCCCAUCUACUACGUGCUGUUCACCACCAUCGUCAUCACCACUUCCAUCAUCCUCUUUAAGGAGUGGGUCACCAUGACUGUGGUUGACAUCAUUGGGACAGUCUGUGGCUUCCUCACCAUCAUUUUGGGGGUGUUUUUACUCCAUGCUUUCAAAGACAUGGACGUCAGUUUUGGGAAUUUACCCCAAGUCCUUCAGAACGAACAGCCAGCGCCGGUCACCAGAGAUGACAAGAACAUCCUGAUAGAGGUGGACAACUCCAGCAUUGCCCCAGAGGACAAACCCAAAACACUUGCAUGAACUCUAAAAUACACACCAGCGUCUGGAGAGGAGGUGAGAGACAAGGGCUGAACAGUGCUACUCAGACUCUGCUCAUCCAUGUUUAAUCACUUGCUCUGCAAAUAAGGGGACAAGAAUAUUGGUGAAUAUGGGCAAAACAUGGUGAAUUUUGCAAAAGCUGCUCACUCAGGCUCAGGGGCAGGACUCAAGCCAUGAAGUGUUUUCACAAAGAGAUCUUUUUCAGCUUUUGUUUUUUUGCAAGGUGCAGGAGUUUCCCUGAAGCAGUGUUAAUUAUUUUUAUAGGAGUUUCAGUUGUUUGGUUUUUUUUAGUUUUUUUUUUUUUUUUUUUCCAGAGCAGCUCUGGUGCCCAGGCCCAGGGUAAAUCCCAUGUCAAAAGAAACUCUACCACUAUCUUCAAGACUUCUUGUGACAAUUAUUUUCAGUCUGAAUGACCAAGUGGCUGUAAAUAUAAAGUAUUUUUAUUUCCUCAGGAAAUAUCUUGACCUUAGAAAACCCCCCAAAUUCUUUGAGCCCCAUGAGAUGUCCUGCUGUCCUCUGAGAUGCUCACCUGAGUAUACCUGGGUGUGAGCAUCACUGAGUAAAUAUAUUGUGGGGCUUUGGGAGAGAGGACAAUGCAAUCUCGUAUUUUAAUAACAUUUCAGUGCUAUCAUUUUGGAAUGUGGAAAUGGAAAUAAAAGGUUUUUUCAACAUAAAAAAAUGCUGCAGGUGGAUCUGAAAUUUCUUCAUUAUUUCAUGUUACAAGUGUAGCCCUAAAGGAUAAAGAGGCUGAGGGACAGCUGAGAACAACAGAAAGAGCAUCUGGAGCAGAAUAAAACUGCAGCGACCUCCUUUGGUGGCAGAAAAUAAUCCAAGUCACUCACUCCAGCUUUGGUUUUGGCAUCCUCAUCAGUGUGAUGCUUGGUGCAUUUUACUCUGGAAAAUGGCUAUAAAUGGGACUCAUCUUUCUUCACUCUAGAAGCAUCCCUGGAGAAAUGCCAUGUAGAAAAUGAAGAUUUGAACCGAGGUAAUGAAAUAAUAGACAGUGAAAGAGUAUUUGUUAAUGACAACCAACAAAUUUUAUUAAAAUGAGGCAAAAGGCACAAUAAAUUGCAUUCUUCAAGUAUUUGCAUAGAUGCAUAGAGAGCAUUGUUGUAAACCAUUAACAUGUGGACAUAGGAGAAAGUGAGAUGGAUUUGUUAUAAGUUCUCCCAAGUAAUAUUAUCUUUCAAAGAAUCAGGUUUAACACCUUUUACUCCUCCUGCAGUUCCCUCGGGUCAAUCACUCAACUUGCACACAUCUGAAAACUUCAAAGAACUUACUAAAACUACCUUUUGGAGAUUUUUGUGAUAUUCCAGCAAUAAAGUUUUCUAUUAGA